GUUCGUGCGGCGGCGUGGGAAGCGUUCGGAGCGGCCCGGGCGCGGUGGGGUUUUGCGGGGCUUUGCGGCGGCGCCAUGGCUCCCGUGCUGAACCUCAACAACGAGGUUGUGAAGAUGAGAAAAGAUGUGAAGAAGGCCAGAGUCCUCACUAUUCGGAGACUAACCAGACACAUCGGGAAAUUAAAAUUGAAAAAGGGCUCAGAAGACUUGAAAUUAAAGAACCAAAAACGAGUUGAGAGAUUAAUAGAAGAAAUCCAUGCUAUGAAGGAAAUAAAACCAGAUGAAGUUACCAGACUUGCUCUUAGGACAGAAGUUAAUUUUGAAAGUGUCUGCAAAAAGCCAAACUGUACGGCAGCUGAGCGUGCCGUGGCAAGACUUGCAACACACCCCACCUUAAAGCCCAGAUUUGUUGAACUUAAAGCUGCUGUUAAAGCUUUUAAGGAUGCAAGAAAGAACCCAGACAAAGCUACUCCUGUGAAAAAGGAUCGGUCAGAAGAACAGUCUCAACAUUCCAAUAGCAACUUGGAUGACCAAGCUUCUAAACAGCCUCAAAAACAGCAAGGAUGUGAACAUAAAACAAAAUCAGGCAUGAAAAUAGAAACUGACAAGGUUGAAGAGCUCUGUCAGAGUGAAUCUGAGCAGAAAACUGUGAAAAUGGAGAGAGCAUAUGUUCCAGAAAAACCUUCAUUUCAGGCAGUAGAAAUGCAAACAGUUGCUCAAAACAAAACAGGAAAGAAACAUGACUAUCAAAAAAGGAAAGAAAAUAUGAGUAUGAAUAAAUUAAGUGCAGUAAAAGAAAUAAUUGAUGAUAGUGACCAAGAGCAUCCCAAUGAAAAGGAAUACUUUGAUGAUAGUACUGAAGAGAGGUUUUAUAAUGAGUCAUCAGAUUCUGACAGUGACAGCAAUGAUGAUUUCUUCAUUGGCAAAGUAAAAAAAAAGAAAAAAGUAGCAGCCAUUAAUAAUGUUUCUUCAAUGAAAGGGAAAGGUAGUGUUCAGAAAAAUGUAAUGAAGACAGAAAAGAGCACAGUAUCUGGGACAGCACAAAAUUUGGUCAUGGAAGAGAGAAAGCCACUUGCAAAAGCCAGCAAGCUGGAGUCAGUGUUCUGCGGUUCUCUGUCUACCACCAAUCAGAAAUCUCAGAACAGAAGAAAUACUAAAGAUCAGCCUCUCAAAAAUGACAGAACAGGUUUUCUUAAAAAUGAAAAAAAGCUUAAGAUGAAUCCAUUUGCAGAAACUUCAGGGGGUGUUAAAUGCAACAAUAAGAAAGCAUGUUUGGAGCAGCCUCUUCAUCCUUCAUGGGAAGCGAGCAGGAGACGCAGAGAGCAAAUGUCUCAAAUUACAGCAUUCCAGGGGAAAAAGAUUAAAUUUGAUGACUAGACUAUAUGUAAAUGGAGAUUCAAAGUUUUUGCAACUACUGUUUGAACAUCUUUGUUAUAUUGUCCAUAUCCUUUGCAACUAUUAUUUACCAUCUUAGAAUAUCAAGAUUUUUUUCAUUCACUUUGUGUGCUGUCUGUUGAUUAAUGUAAUUGCCAUUUGGUGUUGGUUCUUAAGUCCCAUUACGUAGGGCCACCAUUCAUGAAAUAUACCCUAACGUGAAUAAAGGGGUUUUAGGAACAUAAUUUGUGCCCUGUAGGAGUUGUACAGAUUCUUUGGAGGGGGGAUUGGAAGGAGUUUUUUAUAUGUAAAAAAAUGUUCUUUAUAUGAGAAUUUAGUUGUCAUAAGAAAGGUUCUGUAUUGUCACAUCUCAACUGAGACAAAGUAAAAGAUUCUUAAACUUGAAGAGACUUCCUAAAUUCAUCAGUGUAUUGGAUAGCUGGAAAGGUCAAUCAGUUGUAAGCAUAAUAUGUAAAUUUCUGGAGAGAAUAAAAUAUUACGCU